CUGACGAGGCAUUGAUGAUAUGAAAAAUUUAAAAAAAAUUAAAAAGCUCGCUACGUUUUUUCUUUAACUCAAAUUUGACAGGUAUGUUUUUGGAAAUUCAAUUUCCACUUUAAUCUGUACCUGCUUAUAAGUACCUAUAACUACAAUGUAUGCAGGAAAUGAGGCUAAACUCGAGUCAUUAUUUAUCAGUUAAUUCAUCACUUGCUAAUGUUCACGUCAAAUUCGCAUUAACUAAUAAUUAGGCCUAAGUAAUAUCUACGAUUUGAUCAUCUAUAGCCAAUGUUACAUGUCAGCCUACCUCAAUCCCAACCGGACCAAGAUUUAGAAAAAUUGAAUUCCCACAGUAUUGUUGAUUAUGUAUUGUCUAAUCGUUGAUUUUAUUCUCAUAUCGAUUAUUAGUAUUAUAUCAGUGAUUUGCCAGCAAACGGGUCUUCAAUCCGAUGUUCGUAUCACGAGAGCCGGCAAUUGCAACAUGACUGGAUUAAAAUGGAAUUUUGAUAACAUCACCGUUUCCUACAUAUAUCCGCGAUCUUUCUUGAACAUGGUUCUUAAUGUCACCGAAGAAACAAAACAGAUAAAAAAAGCAUUAGUGUACUUUGAUCGGUGCAACGAUCAAGGAUUCGAUUGUGAAGAUUUUCAAACCUGGUAUUUCGAUAAUUUUUGUCCUAUGUUGAAUUGGAAAAAUCAAUUAUGGUCUAACUGGACUGAUGCCUUAAGACCUAAAUUUCGUUGCCCAGUUAGAAAAAAUAUUUACGUGGGACGAAACAUUACUUUCGAUUAUAAUGCUUUCACAAGAUGGUAUCCUGAAUCUAUAAAAUAUCAUUGGAAAAUCAAUGUGAAAAUUCUAAACGAACGAAGUGAGCUUGUCUUAUGUGUCGAUUUCGAUGUGCACGUGUACCAAUAUAGAAAAAGAAAUAGGAAAUCAUAAAACAUAUUGUUCAGCCAGGAAUGAACUUGAGUUACAUUUCAAAGAAAAGUGAUUGGCAAAACUGCUCGUAUGUACCUACUUACCUACAUUCUGAACUGAAAUCAAACAUGUUGCAGUCACAGCAAGAUCUAAUUCGUAACUUACUCGUUGACAUUUUCCAUGAAGAUGAACUUUGAAAUGAACAUUUACUCAUCUACUUACCAACAAUUUAAUGAUGGAUAGCUUGCCGACACUCGUUAUAAUCAUGAGCUGCGAUCAUAAUGAAUCUAAUUGAUUUUGAAAGUGAAUUGAUACGAGUAGGUAUAAGCAUAUUUUUUGGGGCCACAUUGAGUAAAAUCCUCAUAACCCUAUUCGAGGAGUUAGGUCUCAAUUUCACAAAAAAAAGCUCCCGCUUGCAAUUCUUGUUAAAAGCAAUUUUAUGAUUGAUUCUUGUUCUACACUCUAGAACAAAACAAUUUAGCUUGUAUGCCUAUUUUCCCCCUCCCCCUUUUCCGAGGGUCCACCCACCCAACAUUUGAAAUUCGUGUAUCUCC